AUGGCCUCUCAACUCGUCAAGAAAAUGCCCUAUGUCCGCCUCGGAAAUUCGGGCCUCAAAAUCUCCAGAAUUAUCCUCGGAACAAUGACCUACGGAUCUCCAGAAUGGCAAGGCUGGGUCCUCGGUGAAGAGGAAGGAAUGAAACACAUCAAAGCUGCAUACGAUAUGGGAAUUCAAACCUUCGACACUGCCAACGUGUACUCCAAUGGUCUUUCGGAAACUAUCCUCGGAAAGGCCAUCAAGAAAUAUAAUCUGCCACGCGACGAGAUCGUAGUCAUGACCAAGCUUUAUUUCACAGUCGCCCCGUCGGUCAACAUCGCAUGGGCAUCGGCAGGCGACUACGUAAACCAAAACGGACUCAGCCGCAAGCACAUCUUUGAGGCAGUCAAGCACUCUUUAGAGCGCCUUCAGCUCGACUAUGUAGAUGUUCUCCAGUGUCACCGUUUCGACCCUGAUACACCAAUCGAAGAAACCAUGCAAGCGCUCCACGAUGUAGUCCAGGCAGGCUACGCUCGCUACAUCGGCAUGUCGAGCUGCUAUGCCUGGCAGUUCCAUCUGAUGCAAAACUAUGCCAUCACGCAUAACCUCACGCCAUUUAUUUCGAUGCAAAACCAUCACAGUCUUGUCUACCGCGAGGAAGAGAGGGAAAUGUUUCCUACGCUCAAGCACUUUGGCGUUGGUAUCAUUCCUUGGUCUCCCCUUGCCCGCGGCUACUUGACCAAACCCGUCAACGACGAAACCAGCAAACGCAACACAGCUGACCCAAUGCGCAACUACUAUGCCACAGCCCACCCAGGAAACCCCAAGAUCGUUGCCAAAGUCGAGGAACUGUCAAAGAAGUACGGCGUUACCAUGGCGCAGAUUGCCACCGCCUGGAGCUUGACCAAGGUGACUGCCCCAAUUGUGGGAACUACCAGUCUGAAGAAUCUUGAAGAAUUGGCCGAUGCCGUUCAUAUCAAACUUAGCGAUGAAGAUAUCAAGGCGCUGGAGGAGCCCUAUGGCCCCCAGGCAGUUUACGGUCAUUGGUAG